AUGAACACCGAGCCCAGGUCUCCAAGACCAGCCAGUAAAGCCAUCAAGAAGUUCAGGUGCGUCUCUCUGGUGAACAGUUUGGCCAAAAACUGGCAGAAAUGGGCAAAUGAACAUUCACUUAGACAGAAAUCAGAGCCUCAAGGCUGGCUACCUGAAGGUUUUAAAGAUGAUGACUCUGUCAAGGAGAACAGAAGCUGGAUCACCAAGCAGGAAAGGCCUGCAAAGGUGCUCCAAAGUGAAUCCAAAAGCAACGGCCCUGGCAAAAUUGUGGACACUAGCAAGGAGCUGAGUGGAUCUCAAGGAACAGAACUGGGCAUCAGAACCAUUCCAGUCACUAAGACAGUUAACAACAGAUCCAAGUCGGGGAGUAACGAACUGGUAAGUUUCAUGAUGGACCGUUUCAAUCAGACAGAACCAGAUGUGGCACCAAAACCGUUUUUGGCCAACAGAUCACCGACAAGGAGGCGUUUGUGCCACAACAAGGCAUUGGAGAUAUCACAAACUUGGGAGAAGUGGGAGAAGGAAGAGAAAGGCAGUGUGAUUAGCGAAGACAGGAGCAGCGGAGAAGAGAAAAGGAAGGAGAAAGAGUCUAAUAAGAAGGAUGAUGCAGUUGACAGAGGGAAGAGGAAGAGAUCAGUUCCAAGUGCCCAGGUGCGCACAAUAGAAGACCUGAAAAAGGCCUGGCUGAGAUGGGCCGAGGAUCACAUUGAGAGGCAAAAGACAAACCCUUUCAGCGAUGAGUUUGACUAUGAUUACGCCAAAGGCCUCCAAUUGAAGAAGGGAGAUGAGGGCUACGGGCAGCCGAAGGAGGGCAGCAAGACAGCAGAGAGAGGCCGGCGAGCUCAGGAACAUGUGUACAAGGAAAUGCAGGAGAUGUGCUUCAUUAUAAGGACCAUGGGGAUACUGGGAGCAGAUGGGAAGACCAGGGUUACCUUUGGAAAUCUGUUUGACAGAUAUGUUACUGUCUCAGAUAAAGUUGUUGGGAUUUUGAUGAGGGCCAGGAAGCACGGACUGUUAGACUUUGAGGGCGAAAUGUUAUGGAAGGGAGAGCACGAUGAUGUCAUUAUUACUCUUAAUGAAUAA